AUGGAUGCAAUCCCGGCGGCCGAUGGCUCUAGCGCUACAGUCCCGGGUCUCCGACGUUUUUGCCGUCGACAUUCACCCGGCGGCGAGAAUCGAGAAGGGGUUCUGUUCAACCACGCCACAGGAGUGGUCAUGGGCGAGACGGCGGUGAUCAGGAACAAAGUGUCGAUCCUACACCACGUUACCCUCAGCGCGGCGGGGAUUGAGGAGAGUAUCCGGAUCCGAUUCGCGACCCGACAGGGAGAUCUGGUCUCACCGCUGGAAGUGUUGAAGCCGCAGCCGCCGUCGGAAUCGGAGCUGGUGGUGAGGACGAGGAAGAGGAGGGCGGAGAGGGCGAGAAUGAGGCCGAGCCAGGACCUUGAUGUGGUGGUUUUGGAGGCGACAAAAUCUUGA